AUGAAGUCAGAAAUUACACACAGAAUUAUCCAUUUGGAUAAAUCACAAGCUGGUUUAAUUAGAAUUCCAAUCGGAAGAUCAAGUCGUGGGGAUGAUAAUCAAAGAGUUGAAUCAAUUGAUAAUUUAUAUUUUGAUGAAAGAACUGUAUCUAAAAUUCAUGCUUAUAUUGAAAUUAAUUUUGAUCAAAUCUCAUCUCAAGGUUAUCCUUCACUGGUUUUCAUUGAUAAUGGCUCUCAACAUGGUGUUGUUUGGAAUGAUAAAAGAUUACCAAAAAAUACAAGAUUUAGUUUAAAAAAUAAUGAAAUUGUUGGUCUUGUUGAUCUGUUAAAUAAAAAUCAAUUCAUUAAUACUGAUACUUCUUCUUCUUCUGAUGAAACUGAUGAAUCCAAUACUAUCAAUCAUGAUACUGUUUAUUAUUCUAUUGAUAAUUCAUGGCAAAAUGCUUCUAUUAAAGAAACAAGAAUCAAAUUACAAAUUGGUAUUUUAAAGAAUAAUAAUGAUUCUUUUGAUUUAAUUGUUGAUAAAUUGAAACGUGUUCCAUCAUUAAUUGAAACUAAACCAAUAAUUGAUCAAGUUAAUGCUAAUGAAAUGGAUGGUUCUUUGAGCUCUUCUGUUGAAGAAGUUUUCGAUAAUAACAAUCAAUAUGAUUUUUUAAAAUAUCAUGAUGAUGAAGGAAAUAUCUCUGAUUCUUAUGAAUCAGAAUUAGAAAAUGAAAUUCAUUUGGAUAAAACUUUAGAAAUUCCUGAGUUUAGUGAAGAUGAAAGUGUUGUUUUUGAAAAUGAAAAUGUUGAAUUUACAGAUCUUGAUGCUUUUGAUGAUGAAUUAAAUGAGUUAGAUGAAUUGGAUCAAGAUCAAGAGUUAGAUGAAUUGGAUCAAGAUCAAGAAUUAGAUUUUUCCAAAAAUAAGAGAAAAUUUGAUGAGAUUGAAGAAACAUUAUCUGAAAUUGAUCAAUAUAGUGAUUUUAAUGAAGAAUUAAAUGAUCAAGAAGAAGAAGAAGAACAUGAUAAUUACAAUAUCCAGUCAAGAAACGCAGAUGGUAUUGAUAAAUCAACUCUCAAAAAUGAAAUCAAUUUAUCUGAUGAACAACCAUUAUUAAAGAAGAAGAAGACUGAUUCAAAUAAUAAAAUUUCUUCUCAUCUUUUAAGUGGAUUUGCUGGUUUGAUUUUUGGAGCUGGAUUGACCUUUUUUGGUCUUGCUUCAAUGGGUGAAUCACUUCUUGAAAAUUCUGUUUAG